AUGUUCGGCUCGCCAAAGGGCAAGUUCUGCUCGUCAAAGCUGCUGUGCGUCAUCUUCACCGUGGUCUUCAGCCCUGCGCUCAUCGGAGCCACGCCUGCGUGGACCGCGUCACACCAAUCCUCGCUACCCGACGCGGACAAAGGAUAUCAACCUCGAGAACCUCGAAAGGGAGGAGCCACCGACUUGCGUCUAUGGCGAUGCAAGCCACGCGUCCCAAACGACCAUGUCCCGUUUCUGAUCUACUUGCUCGGUUCAGAAGGCCAGGGACUGGGACAUCGAAUUUUCGAGUUUGUGGGCGAUGCAGACGUCGGCGAGAUCUUUCUCGUGCUGCACGAGGGGGUUCCGCUGCAGAGUCUGCGCGGCGAAGUGGGUUCGCGACCCUGCAGCCAGUCGGCGGAGUCGCUCGCGAGAAGUUUGGAUUUGCGCGCGCGUGCACCGGGGCACUACUCUGGACAGUUCGUCAUGGAGAAGUUGAUGCUGCACGCCCAUGUCCCUUCGGAGGUCGGGCGCGUCGUGCUCCUGGAUGCAGAUACCUUCGUCCUUCCCGGGUUCGCGGCCGCCAUCGGCGAGGUGCUGAACCAAAUGCACGGACGCCAGUUUGUCGCAGGCAGCACCAACGGAGCCUUCACCAGCGACAACAUCAACACCGGUGUGCUUGCCGUCAACCUCAACAAGAUGCGGGCGUGGGAGCGUGGCUACUGCCCGGGACAUUACUGGUUCGAAUGCGUGACCCGCUUCUGGAACCGGCGCGGCUCACCCCGCUACAAUCGGUCGCUGCCCGGCCCGCUCAUCGCCCGCCCGGGCUUUACCGAUCUCACUGACCAAGGCCUGUGGUCGGCCAUGCUGUUCGACGACCUGCAGCUAUGGCGGCCGCUGCCGUGCAGCUUCCAUCUGCACGUAGACUUGCUCCGCUCGUACAUCCUCAGGAAGGAGCGCAAGCUUGGCGUGCUCGGCUGCGGCUCGAGGAGCACGUGGAAGAACCUGGUCAAUGGGUCGUGCAGUCAUCAAGGCUAUCGGUUGAAGCGGUCACCUUUCGUCGAGUAUGCGUUGGCGCACGGCGGGUGGGCCCCAGACGAUGUCAUGCACCCGCAGGUCUUUCACGGCGCAGCUCGCUUGCACCCGCUCGCGCGGCUUGGUGCGAUGGUCGCCACGACCCGCAAGCCCGCGCAGCAGCGGGCCCUGUUGGCCCAGUUCCCUUGCCAGUGUUUUGGCCACAUCAAAUUUCGUGGCACCGACGGGCUGUGCAUGAAUUGGAACAUCACGGGCGUCGCCGGCGAAAAAUGCCCAGACGACCCCACCCUGGCGUGGUCAACGGAGCAAACCGCGGGGACUCCGGCGAUCGUGCAGUCCUUUCUGACCUCCCUGAUCCUGCCGAACCGCCACAGCCGGCGAGGCUGGAACUCGUACUACCCAGACGUGGUCGCGGCCAUCCAGCAGCUCGGCGGCAGGAAGGGCGAGCCCCUGCGGAUUGUCGAGGUGGGCACCGCGUUCGGAGGAAACGCCAAUUACAUGCUGACGUUUCUGCCGACGGCACACGUGACCGCGGUCGACCCGUUCAUCGCCAAUUACGACAAGUCAGACCAGACAUCCCAUGAGAUGGUGCGCUGGCAAGCCCAGCGAGCGGCCUCGCUCCGUGCGUGGUGCGGCACGGCUUUGAGCGUGGCCGACUGCUUUUCGCGUGCAUGGGCGGCGGCGAUGCUCGACGAUCAGCAUCGUCGGCACGGCUGCCGCUACCAUCUCAUCUUUGCCAAGUCGCUCGAUGCCGUGGGUCAGUUUGCGGAUGGCUCUCUCGACGUUGCCUUCAUCGAUGGGCUGCACACCGCGGAAGGAGUGACUGCCGACAUGGUGGCAUGGUGGCCCAAGGUUGCACCCGGCGGGGCUAUGAUCAUGAAUGACUACCAGUAUCCCACCUUCCCGAAUUUGACGCGCGCGGUCGACGCAUGGGCCUCGCAGCACGGGCUGCACCUCAAAGUGGGUAAGCGGGGCCUCGCGCCUGGCAUCUGGAACGCGAUGGUAGUCAGGAGAGGUAGUCAGGAGAGGUAG